GCCACCAGGGACGUCACGCCUUCUUCGGAAAGGAAGACACCCCUUCAGCGCCUAUGCAUGGAGCUCAUAUACUUCUUAACCGUCAUUAAUCUUAUGGUUCUUCCUUUGGCACUUCUCCUGGAUGCGGCAUUGCCGAUCUACGCGAUUGGCGUACGACUCAUGUGUAAAAUAUCUUCUGGAUUCCCCCGGCUUUACGGACGGCACCGCUGUUCAAGAUUCGAAGACGCACCUCCGUACCGCGAUCACAAUCUCGGUGAUUUUUGGCAUACUCUGGCUUUCAUGGAUACUUCCUCUCGGAUACUGCCUCUGGUCGUACUACUGGGUUGCUCAGCGGCGGAAGCCGGUUUCGACGUCAUUGCCCAACAAGCAAGUUGACGGGAAACACGGCGAGACACGCAUAUGCUACGUUUGCAACAUCUACAUGCCAGCUCGAACCUAUCACUGCGGGCCGAUGAGGAAAUGUCUCCCCCACUACGAUCACUUCUGCCCAUGGUGGAUGGGCGGAGUGUGGGUGCAUAACCUCAAGGCAUAUCUGACCUUCCUUGCGUUUCUUCCUCUAUAUCAUGCCUUCGUUUUCGGAGUUGGUAUGUGGGUCGCAGUCGACAAGGACAGACGCAGCCAUGUCAAGGUUUUGAUGGGAACUGGUAUCGUGUGUGGACUUGCUUUUCUUCUUUCGCUUGGGAUCAUGAUAGGGAUGUGGGAACGCCUCGUAUUCCGUCUUUCUCUAGAAGCGGAAGAUGAAAAUCCCUGCUUCUUGGUGGAUGAUGAAGGAGUUCCGCAGGAGUCCAAGGAUCCCUGGAGCCAAGGAUGGAGGUAG